CGCCGAACAUGACGACGCCAGCCAAGAUCGAGGGCGCGGUGCCCAAGAAGGUGUACAUGCACUACGAGGAAGGAAACGAGGCGCAGACAUUGACGCUAAAGAUGACGUUACCGUCGAAAUGGGCUGGUCACACCGUCGACUACCUCAAGGAGUUCUUCGUGGAGCACUACAACAAUAAGAAGCCGGACAACGUGCUGGAAGCUACUCAGGUGCACCUGGAGAAGAAGAACAACGCGGUGCUCUUCGGUGAUGAGCUGCUGCACACGGCCGUGCAGAAGUACGACGAUCUGUUCCUUAAGGCCGGCGCCUCCACGCUCAAGCCCGCGCGCGUCCAGAAGAGUGCAGUCACCGCCACCUCGGACAAGAAGUACACGCAGUGCAAGAACCACGGCUGUCAGAAGAAAUUCCUGGAGGAGGAAAACAACGACCAGGCGUGUCGUCAUCACAGUCUGCCACCGCUCUUCCAUGACAUGAAGAAAGGCUGGCAGUGCUGCUCGUCCAAGAUGGUAUACGACUGGGACGACUUUGAGAAGAUCGAGCCGUGCAUCAUCGGUCGCCACUCGGAGGUGGGACCCAACGAGCAAUUCGCAGCGUCGCCCACCGUUGCGGCGGCUGAGAGUGCGGCAGCCAACUCGACCAGCGCUGCUGCUCCACCAGCGGCUCCACUCAAGUCGAUUGAAGACUACAAUCAGAAGAAUCCGAACGCUGUGACUGCUGUGUCCGCUGCAAAGGACAGUCAGACGGUCCCUCCUCCCAAGCGGACGGACGGCAAGGCGAACUGCGUUAACUACGGCUGUCAGCAGGAGUAUGUGGUGGCAGAGAACGCGGAGACGGCGUGCAAACACCACGCUGGCGCACCGGUCUUCCACGACGCCAGCAAGUAUUGGAGCUGCUGCCCAAAGGACGUCAAGUACGACUUCGACUCGUUCCUCAAGGUGCCCGGCUGUGUCGUGUCCGCGCAUACGGACGUCAAGACGGCUUAGAUGGAGUAGAGUCAGUUGGGCAAUGCAGUGCGUUGGCUGCUUGGAGACCCCAAGUUCCUACAAAAAAGGUGAUUUCCAGCGAC